GCUGCCACUACCUGCAGUAUAAAGUGUGGAAUGCAGCUGCUGCACGUGCCCAGUGUGUGUCUGGGGAUCUGAGUGCACCUGAGAGAGAAUCUGCAAACAUGGCGAAAGCUGCUCAGCUGUUCCAGACGUUAUGCAACGGCAAGAAGAUGCCGAUGGUAGGUCUUGGCACUUGGAGGAGUGAACCUGGACAGGUGAAAGAAGCCGUGAAAUACGCGAUCGGAGUUGGCUAUCGCAACAUAGACUGUGCCUUUGUGUAUGAAAAUGAAACUGAAGUGGGAGAAGGUAUCAAAGAAGGUCUCGCAUGUACCAAGGGUUUAAAACGAGAAGAAAUAUUUGUCACCUCUAAAUUGUGGAAUACCAAGCACCACCCUGAUGAUGUGGAAGGUGCCCUGAAGAAGACACUGAAAGAUCUCAAGCUGGACUAUCUGGACCUGUAUCUCAUACACUUUCCGAUUACAUUCAAGAGAACAGAUGUCCUCUUCCCAAUCAACCCAGAUGGGACGCUGCAGUAUGAGUAUACGGACUACAAGGAUACAUGGAAAUCCAUGGAGAAGCUGGUAGAGAAGGGGCUGACAAAGGCCAUUGGUCUGUCCAACUUUAACAGAAGGCAAAUUGAUGAUAUCCUCAGCAUCGCCACCAUAAAGCCGGCCGCACUACAGGUGGAGUGUCACCCGUACUUGGCUCAGAACGAGCUGAUCGCUCACUGUCAUGCCAACGGGAUUGUUGUCACUGCGUACAGUCCGCUGGUUUCUCCAAGCCGGAGUUGGAAAAAGCCAGGGGAACCUGUUCUGCUGGAGGAACCGUGCAUUCUGGAGAUGGCCAAAAAAUAUGGCAAAUCAACAGCCCAGGUCGUUCUCAGGUGGCAGUUGCAGCGUAAGGUCGUUGUCAUCCCCAAAAGUGUCACCCCUGCUCGGAUUCUGCAGAAUAUCCAGGUGUUUGAUUUCUGUCUAACCGAGGAGGAAAUGAAACAAAUUGGAGCCCUUAACAAGAACAAGAGAUAUAUGGUUCCAGAAUUUUUGGUGGAUGGAAAGAUGGUUCGAUACGACCCCAACUACCCCAUGUAUCCAUUUAAUGAUCCAUACUGAGAUUAUUCCAACGCUGAGCGGUCCGGAGACGCCCCAUGUGAUCUCUGCUACAGCCUCUGUGUAUUCCGAUGCAGCCUGCCCAGGCCUAGACGCAGUCACCGCUUUGUGUCUCUGUACCGUGUAACUAUUGCUGCGCCGCAUUUCCAGACCAGGACCCGGUAUCCAGACUGUGUAAUAAAUGUCCCUUUUUCCAAA